CUACUCAAGCGCAAGGACCCGAGUUCGAUCCCCGGUACCAAAAAAAACCCACCAAAAAACCCACGCCCGGAGAGCCCUGGAGUCCGCCCUGUCCCGUCCCGCGCCUCCGACGGCCGCCUGCACCCCGGGGCGCUCUCCGCCCGCUCCCCGCGUUACCUUCCUUGCGACCGUUCCGGGCUCCGCCUGGCCCCUAGCCCCGCUCGGCUAGCGUCGUCGCGGCCCGGAAGACCAUGAGAACUCCCAGUGGCCCUCGCGCAGCCAGGAUCAGGGCGGGACUUCCGUCGGCCGGGAGUGGGAGAGCGCGGCAGUGUGACCCUCGCGGCGCUCCGUCGACAAGGCGCACUGGCGGCAUGGCGUUCCGACAGGCGCUGCAGCUUGCGGCCUGCGGGCUAGCAGGUGGCUCGGCGGCCGUGCUCCUCUCUGCGGUGGCGGUGGGCAAGCCACGCGGCGGUGGGGAUGCGGAUGUGCGCGCGCCCGAGCCGCCCGCCUGGACCGAGGGCGCGCAGCCCGGGCCCAGCCUCUGGGAUUCCAACUGGGACAGGCGAGAACCACUGUCUCUGAUCAACCUGCGGAAGAGGAAUGUAGAAUCUGGAGAGGCAGAGCUGGCGUCCAGACUGGACCACUACAAAGCCAAGGCCACGCGGCACAUCUUCCUCAUCCGGCAUUCCCAGUAUCACGUGGAUGGUGCCCUGGAAGAGGACUGCACGCUGACACCACUGGGUCGGGAGCAGGCAGAACUCACUGGCCUCCGCCUUGCCAGCCUGGGGUUGAAGUUUAACAAAAUCAUCCAUUCCUCCAUGACCCGCGCUGUGGAGACCACGGACAUCAUCAGCAAGCACCUGCCAGAUGUCUCCAGAGUCAGCACUGACCUGCUGCGGGAAGGCGCCCCCAUCGAGCCCGACCCGCCCGUGUCACACUGGAAGCCCGAGGCUGUGCAGUAUUACGAAGAUGGAGCGAGGAUUGAGGCUGCCUUCCGGAACUACAUCCACCGGGCUGACACUGAGCAGGAGGAGGACAGCUAUGAGAUCUUCAUAUGCCAUGCCAACGUCAUCCGCUACAUCGUGUGCAGAGCACUGCAGUUCCCUCCGGAAGGCUGGCUCCGUUUGUCCCUGAACAAUGGCAGCAUCACCCACCUGGUCAUCCGACCCAGUGGCCGGGUCGCACUUAGGACCCUGGGGGACACAGGCUUCAUGCCGCCUAACAUGAUCACCCGGUCCUGAGGCUGCUGCGACACUAUCUUCCUCGUCUGCCUGUCCUGGCUGUGCUCUGCCUUCAAGCGGGACUAGAGGCCAGUGCUGGGUGGGAAGGAAAACUGUUUCAGAUCCGCAAGGGGAUGUGCCCAGAGCUCAUCUGUGCCCAGGCUGGAGGAAUCGGUCGCUCACACAACCUGGCUCCUCUGCAAGCUGCCCUGCCUGCUCUGCCUACAGGACACCUGCGGCCUGUGGGGUGACUGUGGGGCUCGCGGCUGCGCACGUCCUCCACGUGCAUGGCUGCCAUCCUGGGGUUCUGCCAUGGCACUGAGCCAGGACGACCAGCAUUUUGUUCACGGCCUGCCCACUCAUACUCUUCUCCUGUUUGGAGACCUGCUGUCAUUUAAAUAUUUGUCAAUUAAAGAGUUUGCACUCCUGGG